AUGGCAAUAUCAAUGGCACUUAAUGGGGAUUCUCCUCGUACUUCUGACAGCGACCGUGAUCGGUUCCAGCGGUUUCAUUUUGAUAAUAGUCUCAAUGUCAUCAUCGCUAAUGUACCUCAAGAACCUUACCGGUUGGGUCGUCUGGACGUUGGUUGUCUUGUCAUCAACAGAAUGAUAGGCACUGGCAUCUUUUCGUCUGUUGGGUUAGUCGUUCAGGGAACGAGAAGCAUUGGGGUCUCCCUUCUAUUCUGGUUCUUCGGUCUCCUAUAUUGUCUUGCAGGAGUACAUCUGUACAUCGAAUAUGGCCUCAGCAUCCCAAGACAUCGCUUCCAAGGAGUCACACAAGGAAUUCCCCGAAGUGGAGGCGACCUUAACUAUCUUCAGUAUGUUUACCGGAAACCGAAUUAUCGCAAGGGCACCGUGCUACUUUCUGUCACUGCUUUCGCUACGGUAUUUAUUCUGUUUGGUAAUGUUGCAGGAAACUGCGUGAACUUCGCUGUCAUGGUGCUUCAAGCUUCGAAUACUGAAGUGACCAACGAUGCAGUUCGAGCAAUUUCCAUCGCGGUAGCUCUUUUUGCCUGCUUUACCCACACCUUUACUCGCCGAGGAGGCAUUCUUUUGAGUAACAUAUUGGCCAUGAUCAAACUUGCGAUGCUCUUCAUGAUUGUCAUUACUGCCAUUGUUGCUGCCACAGGGGCUUUCCCACAAACCGAAUCGGCUGCUGCCAAAAACUUCGAUUCGAAGAACUCCUUCCGCAAGGCUUCCACUCAGGCAAAUGACUAUGCGAAUGCCUUCUUAUUGAUUAUUUUCACUUUCAGCGGAUUUGAGCAACCCAACUAUAUGUCCAUUGUGCCCAUAGCUGACCAGCUUAAUGAGCAAAUGAACCUUGCUGAGAGAUUUUUCGAGUUAACUUUCGGAAAACUCAACGUUGCUGAUAACACUGGCCAAAGGAUAUUCAACUCUUUCCUGGCCGUCUCUAGCUUCGGAAAUAUAGUUGUGAUGACAUACACUGCCGCGCGAGUGAAGCAAGAAAUAGCAAAGGAAGGGAUUUUACCAUUUCCGAAGUUCUUCGCGAUGAAUCGCAACGUUUCAUUGGCUCGGCUUCUUCGAUGGGCCCAUCGCCAUCCCAUCCUAGCGCGAUUGUUCGGGCGAAUGCUCAAGUCAAGAUGGUUCGUUCCUGAAGGCCAUUCUGAGGAGACACCAGUGGCGGCUUUGAUACUUCAUUUUGGAUCUUGCUUGGUUCUGAUUCUGGUCACGUACCGCGUGGAACCAACUAAUACUUAUAGAUUACUUGCGAAAGUGUAUACUUACUCUGUCCAUGCGUUUUUCGGAGUCCUACUUGCAGGUGGGAUACUUCACCUCCGUCUAAAUCGUAAAGACGGAUGGCGAAAAAAAGCCAUCGGUAUCAACCCACAACUCAGCGUUAUGUCCGCCAUAGUAUACCUUCUUGGGAGCCUGUUUCCGGUAAUCGUCUCUUGGGUCGAGCCUAGUGAGGAACUCGAACGGUUCGCCGACACCAAAAUCCACUGGUAUCUCGUCCCACUGCUUAGUUGGUCGGCGAUUGCAUUUGGGGCAUUGUGGUGGCUUGGGUUUCUAGUUUUUGCCAAACGAAUUGAGAAGCGCAAUGGCACUAUCUUUAUGAUUCAGAGAGACCCCGCCUUUGCGCGUGAUCCCCCCAUCAACGGAUCACCCAUUCAGGUUGAUGAGACUGUGUAUCUUGGAUGGGUCACUAAAGAAAAUAUAACCAUGCACGCUUCAGGGGGUAGGCAGGGUGAAUCUUCUAGGCAUGGUUUUGUCAAUGGUGAUGUCGGAUGUGCGAAUGGCAUUAUGGAUUUCGACCAUCAGUUGACGCGUUGA